UAUAUGGUAUCUAUUUGCCGAGCUGCUGAAUAUACAUAAAUCUAUUGCUGUUGUUACAUAUAUUAUUACAAGAGUUUCAGCACAAGUAGGGAAAGGGGUUAGAAAUAUGGCUUCACAAUUCCAUCAGAAUGGCGGCUCCAGCACCGCCGUGAUGGAGCUCCAGCCGAUAUACAUGUCGUCGCUGCCGUCGGAUAACAAAAGUGUGCCGCAACCCAUCGGUACACCGCUGCACUCGUCGACGAGACGGGGCAGCUCUGAUGAAGAGAAACAGGUCGAUGAUAGUGCGCCGCCGACGGCUGCUGAGGUCAAGGAGCGGUGGAAUUACCCUCGACAUAACAUCCCGCGGGUUUCGUCGUGCUUUUACUCGUUCAUUGUAAUGGGGGCAAAUGAUUCUGCUUAUGGCCCUCUUAUUCCAUAUCUCCAGGAAUUCUACCAUCUCUCUUACAUCAUAAUAUCACUGGUCUUCCUCUCACCAUUCAUUGGGUACACGGCGGCAGCGAUCUCCAACAACACCAUCCACCAGCGGUUCGGACGGCGCGGCGUAGCCUUCGUGGCGUCGCUGAGCCAUCUCGUCGCGUACGUCAUCAUCGCCGUGCACCCGCCGUACCCCGUCCUCGUCGUCGCGUUCGCGCUCGCCGGCUUUGGCAACGGCGUGGCCGACGCGGCCUGGAACGCCUUCAUCGGCAACAUGGAUCGCGCCAACGAGCUCUUGGGCUUUCUCCACGGGUUGUACGGCGUUGGCGCUGUGAUCAGCCCGCUUAUUGCGACGACUAUGAUUACUAAGGCGGGAUUGCCCUGGUAUGCGUUUUAUUACCUGAUGAUUGGCCUCGCCGGUCUUGAAAUUGUCGUUACUGGCGCGGGUUUCUGGAAGGCUACGGCUCGCGAGUAUCGCGACUCGGUGGCUGCGAGCUCGAAUUCCUCAGGCGGCAACGGCGGGCUGAAGGAGGUGCUGUUCAAAAAGCCAGGAGCACGCGUGGCUUGGCUAUGUGCUGUCUUCCUCCUAGGUUACGUCGGCAUCGAAGUUGCUCUGGGAGGAUGGAUCGUCGAGUUCAUGAUCCAAGUUCGCCACGGUGGCGCUUUUGAAAGUGGUCUCACGGCCACCGGGUUCUGGCUCGGACUGACAGUCGGGCGAUUCGUUCUGGGGUUCAUUACACCCAGGAUCGGUGAGAAGCUUGCUAUCAUGAUAUAUCUUCCUAUUACAGUAGGCUUCGAGCUUCUUUUCUGGCUCGUCCCGCAGUUCAUUGUCUCGGCCGUUGCUGUGGGACUGCAGGGCUUCUUCAUCGGGCCCUUGUUCCCGGCUGCCAUUGUCGCCAUGUCGAAGUUGCUACCACAGCAUCUUCACGUUGGCGCGAUAGGAUUCGCCGCCGCGUUUGGAGGGAGCGGUGCGGCUGUCCUACCUUUUGCUGUCGGGGCCAUCGCACAGGCCAAGGGUGUCCAAGUGUUACAGCCCAUCAUCCUCGCUCUUCUCGCAUUUAUUUUCUUGGUCUGGUGUGGGCUACCAAGAAUUGAGAAGAAGAAGGUGUAAAAUAUGAUGAGAUUGAUACGAAGUGGGAGAGAGGCGGCGAUAAAUACAGCAGCCUAUGCCGAAGUCAUAUAGCUGAAUGAAGAUGUCGAUAACAGGAAUAUACAUAGUAUUAUUAUUUCAUCAUUGAUAUUUCAUGAUGAUCAGCGUGUACCUAUGUACCUACCUACAACUUCAAGUAAACGUUCAUCGUGAAACCGACAAACCGCCAUGUGAACUAUAAUCGAGUUUGAUUUAUCGUAUAAGUUUGCUUUUUGCUUGGUUGUUUGUUGACCUGUAUGAACUUGUGAGCCCCCAUGACCGUCUAGCUAGUGCGGUGAAACG